CACUAUGAAAUCUGAAUCUUCUAUAAUUCGUAGGUUAUCGUUUACUUAAGCGACACGGGUGAAACAUAUUUUACAUGGUUUAUAUACACGUAUUGUAUACACAUAAUACAAAUUAUUUCUAUUUUAUACGUAAAUAAUCAAUCCUGGGAUAAUCGUAGAAUCGUAGAAAUGUGCUCGUGUAGAUGACAUUGAUAAUUCGACGCGUAAGAUGAGGGACAAGAGGAUCGUGCGUUCGUCGUGACACGUGCGCAUUACAUAUGGAAAUGAAGUUAACGCAUAUGUAAGAGCGAUGUUAAAUGCAUUGACACUACGAACGACAAAUCUCCUUCGUCGCGAGAUCUUUAGCGUGUGGAGGUUCGAGGUAACGAGGGCGGCGCAUUCGAAGGUCUGGAAGCGGGUCAGGAUGGGUGACGCGCCGUUGUCGCGCGUUGACCCGGUCGUCACGACGCUAGACAGCCAGGAGUUCCAGUCGGUCUUCACCCCGGAGCUACGGACCCUCGUGGAUCUGUUCAAGAAACACAACUACGAACUAAGGAUUGCCGGCGGCGCAGUACGCGACAUCCUGAUGGGCAAGAAGCCCAAGGACCUCGACUUCGCGACCGACGCUACGCCACAGCAGAUGAAGGAGAUGUUCACGCAGGAGGAGAUCAGGAUGAUUAACGAAAAGGGCGAGAAGCACGGGACAAUCACUGCAAGGAUAAACGACGCAGAGAACUUCGAGAUUACCACGUUGAGGAUCGACGUGCUGACAGACGGUCGGCACGCGCAGGUAGAGUUCACGAAGGACUGGAAGCUGGACGCCAACAGGAGAGACUUGACCAUUAAUUCCAUGUUCCUAGACCUCGACGGCAGGGUGUACGAUUAUUUCUAUGGUUAUGAUGACCUGAAGAACAAGAGGAUAGUUUUUGUAGGCGAUGCUAGUAUUAGGAUACGCGAAGAUUAUCUUCGAAUCUUAAGGUAUUUUCGUUUCUAUGGAAGAAUAAUGGACAAUCCAGAUCAGCAUGAUGAGACUACGAUAAAGGCGCUGAGGGAGAACAUCGACGGCCUACAACAGAUAUCUGGCGAAAGGAUUUGGAGCGAAUGGAGCAAGAUCCUGACCGGCAAUUUCGCCCUGGAGUUGACGUUGAAGCUGCUCGAGUGCGGCGCUGGCAAGUACAUCGGUCUACCUGAGCAACCCGACGUGGAGAACUUUCGAAAUGUUUCUCGGCGCGCGCAAUCCAAUAACGUGACCUUAAAGCCCAUAUCCUUGAUCGUGUCGAUGUUGAAGGACGAAUACGAUGUGAUAAAGUUACACGAGAGACUGAAAUUGUCCAAUUCCGACAGGGAUCUAGCACUUUUCCUGGUUCAGCACAGGGAGUAUAAGCCAUGCGAGAACCCAUUGAGGCCUUAUCAGAAACUGGUCCUCCUUCAGACGGCGAAGAAGCACGAUAUCCUUCAAGCUUAUACGAAGGAGCUGCUCAAAUACAACGGUGCAAUGCAACUUUUAGAUGAAUUCGAACGAUGGACAAUACCAAGAUUUCCCGUCAAUGGUGGUAUGCUAAUGGAACACGUAUCGAUACAAAAGAUGACUGGAUCAGUUUUAAUUGAAUUGAAAAGAAUAUGGAUUGACGCGGACUUUAAGCUUACCAGCGAGCAACUUAUGGAAUAUGUGCCGAGAAUAGUUAGUGAAUUAGAAGAGAAACAUCAGACGCUAGUUGCAGAGCGGAAAAAAAGGUUGAAGAAAGUGAAGUAAACAUUUUUAAAGAGUAGUUUUGCGUGCAGUAAAUACCAUUUGUCAUUUUGAAAACAGAAGUUUAGUUAAUUAUUUAAAUUACUUUUAAACCAAAUAGUUUAGGCGAUUUGUAAUUUACUAUUGCAGAGUGUUUACUAUUUAAAAACAAUUGAGAAAAUCUGAAAUUUUCAAUUUAUUUCUUAUUCCUUCAAAAUCUCAUAGGUUUCUGUAGAGAUUUAUUAGCAUACUGAAGAAAAAUUUAUUAAUUGCAUUUUUGAAUUAAAAAAUUAUAUCUUUCUGAUAAAAUUGUUUUUUUUUUUAAUUAUUUUUUCUGGAUUGGCAAUAAAUAGCAUAAAUAUGGUAUACACAUUCACAUAGAUUCGUGUAUAAUUCAUCAUAAAUUUUUAUAAAAAAAUUUAUAACAAUAAAAGGCGAUGCGUUAUUCUAAAAUGCUGUUGUAUAUUUUAUUAUCUUUCAAUUUUCGGUGAGCUUGCGAGCAGAUCAGUAUAUAUAUCAUAUUUAAUGUUUUUUUUUUUUCACUAUUUCAAAUUUAAUAUUCAAAACUUAAGCGGUUUUUUUGUAAUCAAGGAACAUUAAAAAGUAUAAUAAUAUCAAUUUAUUUCAAAACGGCAUUAAAAAAAUUCCCCUAAUUUUACUUGUAAUUUUGAAUAAAAUUUCUGAAAAAUCUUGAAAUUCUGAGAUAAUUCUUUUAUGAAAUUUGAGUAAACACUCUGCAUUACCAAACAAUAUUGUGCGAAAAAGAUAGUGAUUUUUAUACCAUUCUUAAUAAGUUAUUUUUUAUCAUCAGAUGCAAAUAAAUAGAAUACUCUUGUACAGUAAGAUGUGAAGAUAUAAUUUACAGAUUGAACAUUAAUUUGUGCUGAUGUGAUUUAUAUUGGUGUUAUACAAAUUCUUCCGGAAAAAAAAACUUACUGUAUGUUAGGCACUCAAAAAUUUAUUAAGAAACAAAAUCCUGUAUUUUUUCCGUUGCGAAUGUAAAUUUUACGUGCUGUUAUAUAUACAAUCGUAGCAGGUGUAUAAAACAAAAUUUAUAAAGCUACUAUGAAACAUCUCUAAGUUAAAAAGAUACAACAUUCGAUCUUGCACUCGCGCUAAUAAGUUGCUAAUAUGCAGUAAAUGACUGCAAACGGUAAGUCAACAAAUUUUUAUUGAGACUUACCAUUUUGCAUGUAUUGAAGAGAAAUGCAGCGUUAUUAGAGUUGACGUUUACAAUGAAUGUAAACGCAUAUUUUCGCUCUUAGAAAAAGGAUUUUCCUUAUUAUGGUUUGCAUGUCGCUGCGCAGACUAGCUGAGCAUAUAUCCUGCGUAAUAAAUGUAAAUAAAAGGGAAAAUAAUAAUUUAUAUGCAUCGUAUUAAAUUUAGAAUAGUCGCAAGAUGCGAUCGCACAUGAGCCAAACGUAAUUUGUCAUUUAUCUGUUAUACAAUCAUGUGGACUUGCAUAAAAAUAAUCACUUAUAUGUA